AUGGUCGUGGUUGACAUGCGACAUGUGGCAUUCCAGACUGCGUACGCCAGGAGCAAGGAUUACAUCGGAUCAUCUCACAGUUGUUCCAAUGCACUCGACCAAACAGCCUCUCGCUCCGGACCAAGAUUAUGGUGGCGAUUUGAGAGUGAACAUCGUGGAAAUGUCCAAGUCGUCAGAUAUCAAUGUUCUAGUAUCCGACCACUUGCACGGACGAAAUGGCUCAAUGUUCCAUGA